UUUUAUUGGGAGAAAGAGGGGGGAAGCAGCGGCGGAGGGGAUAGAGAUAGAGGGGGCGCGGAGGAGUUCUCUGAGGGAGACGACGUGGGAGCUCGAAACCCUAAUCCCGCGGUGGUCCGCGGCGGCGAUCGCUCCGCUUCUCUUCUCUUUCUGAACUUAUCUUGCUUCUUCAACUAUUAAGGCGGAGUCACCAUGAGCGACCAAACUAAUGAGAAAUGUCCACUUUGCUUGAACAAGAUGGAUUUGACAGAUAAACAACUGAAGCCAUGUAAAUGUGGAUAUGAGAUAUGUCUUUGGUGUUGGCAUCGUAUAAUUGAUGAAUCUGGCGGGAGGUGCCCUGGAUGCCGUUCUGUAUAUAACAAGGAUAAGAUCUUGGAGACAAGCGCCAGGAACCAAAUUUUAAAGGAACUUUGUGCUGAUAAGUCCAACUAUCAAAAAGAACAAACCAAGUCUCAUAAGCAAACAUCUGCAAAAGUUCAGUUGGGACAGUCAGAACCAAAAGAUCCAAGUAGUGUUCGUGUGAUUCAACGGAAGCUUGUCUAUAUUGUUGGUAUGCCGACUGAGUUCGCCAGCGAGAAGGUGCUGAGACAGAAGAGUUUCCUUGGACAGUAUGGAAAGAUAGAAAACAUUAUCAUUGAUAAUGUUGGAGCUAGCCAACAGAUUCCUGACUCUGGCCGUGUAUAUGUUAGAUUCGCAAAAGAAGAGGAGGCUAUCAGAUGCAUACGGGCAGUUGAUGCUUAUGCCUUGGAUGGUAGACCUUUAAAAGCAACCUUUGGUGUCACAAGAUAUUGUCAUAUAUGGCUCAACAAUAAGGAUUGCUAUAAGCCAAAUUGUUCAUAUGUGCAUUAUAAAGCCUCAGCAGAAGAUAUUUGUACAAAAGAUGAUGUUUCUGUGGUGUGUGCAAGGUUGCAGCACUCGAUGGGUAUGAGUACCAAGUGUCUCCACUAUCGCUCAGGACGUACUUUGCCCCCUCCAUGUGACUGCAGUUCAAGAAAUACAACUGGUAGUGGAAUCUCCAAAGAUAUUUGCAUCAAUGAUGACAGAUUACUACCUAAUGGUGCUAACAAAAAUACUAGUUUACUACCAGUCAUCAGUCCAUGGGACUCGAGCCUUUCUUCUGGCAGUCCUCCAUCUAUGGCACAUAUUGUUCUUCAUCAAAGAAAUGACCAUGAGAGAUUACACAAUAAUCAACAAAAUUUGUCUGACCUCAAAUCUCAAAGAUACAUACCACCUGGAGGGCGUAACUGUUCAAGUGAAAUGACUACAUCAGUAAAGCAUAUGCAGCCUAUUGAUGGCGCUUCGUUGCAGAGCUCAUCAAAUGAGCAUUUGGGCUCCAAUAAUGACGAAUCUCAAGCAUCUUCACAGUUAGGAAAUGACAAUUCAAAUCCCAAGCAAAUAACCUCAGCAGAAAAUGGAACAUCUGACGCCUUGCAGCAUAAGCCACAGUAUGCUGAUAUAGUUUCACAAGGACAAGUUGCACCAGCUCGGCGUCUUACUGUACUUAGCAGGCCGUUGAUUGCUUCUAGUGAUCCUAGGCCUAAAGCAACAGGACAAGUUGACAAUGGUACUUCAACAAAACUUACUUUGGUACAAAAAGCGCAAGGGAGCUGCAUUACAAUUCCUAGAAGCCAUCUAGUUUCCCAGAACCCAGAGGAACCUGCGCAUCUGUUGGCUUCAGCUACAGCUAGUGUUAAAUCUCAUGCUGGAGUAGAGAUAAAGAAUGAAUGCUCAGAUAUCAGUGAAAAGCUAGUUCUAGGAGAUCAUAAGCAACUACCAGAGAGCACUGUGUCACACAGAUUGACUGCACCACAGAGUAUGAGCGGUAGAACUCUGCCUGGUAAUCUUUCUGCAUCUUAUGCCAAAACUCAAGGUUCAGCUGAACCACAUAAUCUUUCAGAUUUGAACAUAAAGCUUGUAGCACAGAAUCAAUCACAGCUGGUAAAUCAACAAAAUGCACCUGUUUCAAGUACAGGUAUAACAAGAGCAAGUUUCUGCCGCAGCACUCUUAAUAAGAAUGCAUCUUUGGUUGAUGGUGAGAGCUUGCACAAUAGGGACACAAUUCGGUCUGGUCAUAUUGUUUCCUCUCAUUGUUCAGAUAGCACUAUGUUAUCAAGAUUAGUCAAUGCAGUAUCAUCCACUGAUGUGGCAUCUCUGCAUAGAAAGGAAAGGAGACGAGCUUGUCCUCCUGGAUUUGAGAAGCCUCAUCAGUAUUCUGAUACAGACAAAGCUUGCUCUGGACAUAGCUCUGCAUCUGAUUCCCUGGUACAAGAUUGUGGUAUUCCAGAUCAACAGGACUUCACUAGCUGGGCUACAGACUGCCUAAAAGAUGAUGGAGAUGUCACACAAAAUCUAAGCUUGAGCAUCUCUUCGCCACCCCUAACUGAUACCAACCUGAACCGGAGUCAGAGUCACAGACAGUUUCCAGGCACCCUCUUUGGUUGGUCAAAUGACCCUCACUAUUCAUUUUACCCUAGUGGCUUGUUACAUGCACAUCAUAAGGCUGAAAACCAGGAUGGAACUACCAGUAGUUACAUGGCUACUGGGGGACACAAUGUGUUUUCCCAUGGGACAGCUUCAGGCAUGAGGGGUGGUAUGGCAGGCCCAUUGCUCCAACAGCCAAUAAUGUCAAGUCGUGAUGGAUGGACUGAUGGAAGCAGAGAUUCUGGAACGAACUGCCCACAGGUUGACAUUUCGUACCACAUGUACAGCCUAUUCUAGCAGCAGGGUGAGAGGUCUGCUUCGCAGACCCUAACAACAGACAUGUACAAGUCAUACCUUCUAACCUAGAUGGCAAGAUGUUGGAUGGUGCCGAAAAUGGUGUUAGGGAGUGCUUCGUGUUUGUUGCUAAAGCUUGUAAAGAUCAAACAUGGAGCUUCAUGUACAAAGACUGCAGGGGAUGGUCCUUCAGUGAACAUUUGGUAAAUAACCAUUGCUAAACUGUACUGCCAACCGUGUCAAUGUGCUGGCACAUUGUCAUUCUUUCA